UGCCAACAUUUGCUGCCAGAGCAUUCUCGAAUCUUGCUGCCACAACCAUUCAAUUUCCAUAUUCGUGUUGAACACAGUCCGAGUAGCCUUCCCGUCAUCUUCCACAAAUUCCGGCGCUUUUCAGUCUCCCUUACCCACGACACAAUGGCGUCUCUUCUCGCCGCCCCGACCGCCGUCUCCCUCGCAUGGUCGUCGCAGCUCGUUACCCGCACGUCCGCCAUCUCUGCACGAGCUACUCGCGCCGCCGUCGCGCGCGCGUCGCCGCGUCGCCUGGUGUGCGUGGCGUCGGAGCGGUCCGUGCACCGCGAGGAGAAGGAACACGUGCUGGUGCGCGUGAACCUCGGCGAUCACCGCGAGAACCUCGAGGUCGAGUCGCGCGGCGGCGAGGUGUACUGGGUGCCGCUCGGCAAGCCGCUCGGCAUCGUCUUUAAAGAGAGUGCGACGGGCGACAUCAUCGUGGACGACGUGAAGCACGGCGGGCACGCGGAGCACGCGCCCAUCCACAAGGUGCGACUGGGCGACCGCCUGCUGGCGACGACCGCGCGAAACAACGCGCCGACCAGCACCGACAAGUUUGCGACGGAGCCCGUGGUGCUGAACGUGGCGGGCGAGCGCUUCGAGACGGUCAUGGCGGCCAUCACGUCGAACGCAUCGUAUGGCGGAGAUGUCAUCCUGGUGCUGGAGCGACCCGACGAAUGCGACCUGUAGAGGCGCGGACGAACGGUCGAACGGACGAAGGGACGAAGGGACGAACGGCAUGGCAUGAUGGCAUGAAGCAUGAAAGUUUAAAUAGAUUCGCUGCGAGAAAAAAAAGGGCGGGGCUGGGGUCGCUGGGGUCGCUGGGGUUGCUGGAGGGCGGGGCUGAAACGGGGUUGGCGCUGCAUGCGCUGUACAGAGGAACGAAUCCCGCUGCUGCUGACACGUGGAAGUACCGGCGGUGGUGAUUCGAUGGGCUCUUGGUUGGGAAAAAUCAAUGGUUUUUUUUUCAAGAAAGGUUGAUAUUGCGGUUUCUGGGUUGAGAUAGUGGAAGGGGGUGGGUAGAAGAUGGUUGUUUUGAUGUUCGGCUGUACAUUUGACAUAUAUAUGCAGAAUUGUCCGUGUUUAAAGAACAUUUUCUCUGAGGCGCCUGACGGAGCUGUGCUGGUGGAUGAGCUCGUGCCACGUGGCAAUGCUGACAAGGCACAACCACCCAUCCAGCCUGGCGACAGGCUGCUUGCCACGUCAGCGUGGACCUCUGACCCUGACUUGCAGCGGCGGCAGGUGAUGUUCAAGGCAGUGGGGGAGCCGUUUGACACUGUUAUGGCGGCCAUUGGGUCUAACUGGUGUGCCAACUGCCAUGUGGACGUGGUGCUGGAGAGGGAACGAAAGAGUGAAUAACAUAGCUUGUCUUCUUACUGGUACAUGGAAAGAGAGGUGGAGCGAGCUGAGCUGUUUCCAAACAUAGAUAACCCGUUUGUGCAAAUAUUGAAACUGCUUUUGCCUUCAACACAUGCUUGCUAGGGGGAACUAGCCCAAGUGUUUCGAUUUGAAUCACAUGG